AUGCGCUCCCACCUCUCACUGCGCGGGGUGACCCCGGAGAGGGCAGAGUUCGAGAACAGCGUGUGUGACCCCAUGUCGGAGGACGAGCUGCUCUCGGAGAUAGACGAGGACGAGUGGACGGACCGCAACUUCCUCACCACCGAGGAGGUGCUCAGUGGCGCCGACUGCAGUGACAGCGACUCGUGCUCGCCGGACUCUGACCAGUUUGAGCCCGCUCUGGACGACGAGGAGGUCCUCAGGCUGGCGGAGCGGUGGCGGCGGCUGCAUGACCAGCCGGAGCCCGAGCGGCGACCGCCGGACCAAGAGCCGGACUCGGACCGAUACGAGUCGGACGGCGUCGAACGAGCCGGAGACGCCUCUGACACCGGCCACCAGUCGGAGACAGAAGAGGAGGUAUCUGAGCGGCUGAGACGCAGGGCUGAGGACGGUCUGACAGAGCACGUACUGCGGUCUAACAGUCCCCGAAAACGGACCAACGGCCAGGGGCCUCAGGUCUCUGGGCCGGAGCGCGUCUCCCAGCCCCGCCGCUCAGCCGGCGAUUCCUCCUCGGCCGCCUCCGACACGGAGAUCGAGCUGCGGCCUCCGCUUCCCCCGGCCGCGGCGCCCCGGAUAGUCGUUCAGGACACCGAGCGACCUCCGGAUCCGGAUCCCGAACUGCCGGAACACCGACCGGAGCCCAUCGGAGCCGAGCGGGACUCGCACGGAUCCGGCUCCGGGUCUGGCUCCGGGAAACGCAAGUCGAGUCAGGAGCGCAAAGCUGCGGAUGUAGGCAGAGGAGACAGCAAGGAGAAAGGGAAACAAAAGUCGCCAAGGAAGGAUAUCGGGAAGAAAAUUACGGGGUCCAUCCCGGUUUUGAAGAAACCCGUAUCGUCGCUCAUCGGGAGAGGUGUUGGAAAACCUGCUUCGGGGAAGACGGUGACCACUGCAAGGGUGAGUGUAAGCACCUUGGUGCAACAGAAGCCAAACAAAACCACCUCCGCGACUUCCGAAGAUGCCGCUGCGAAACCGACACGAGACAUCAGGCGACACUCCGCACAGCGAUCUCGUCCUCCGGCGAGCGAUUCCGCGGCGUGGCGAAACUCCACCGAGCUGAAGCGCCGGUCUUUGGUCAGUUCUCCGUCCUCUACACCGGCCGCUGUGAGCCCAGCACGGUCCCGCUCAGCCGCCGACCUCGGCUCUCGUAUCGGCGCCGCGACAGGUCGUGUGAAUCAGGGACAACAGGCAGCUAAAAAUGUGGCGAGCGAGGGAACGCGGAAACCAGCAGCUACCCGGCAGCCUUCAGCUGAGAUGACACGACCGUCUGCUACCAAGAUACCCACUCGACCGCAGCCAGCUCCAAGAGCGUCCAUCACUAACGGAGCGCCGAGACCAGUGGCAGCCCGCCGCACGUCGCCACCUGAGAGAAAAACCUCUGCACCGGCAAAACUCUUGACAGAAAAAUCUGAGGGCGCGGUGGAACAACCGAACCUGAAAGCUGAUACAGGGAAAUUGGGCAAAUCGGCGCCGAUUCGGCGGGGAAGCGGUGGAAAUCGCGUAGCGGCCAUCGCGGCAAGGGACAGAGUGAGACGACAGGUGAAAGAGAACCUGAUGAAGCAGCGGAUGGCACGGAAGGCCAGAGAAGAGGCCAACAAGUCGAACGGUAGGCGAUCUGGGGCGCAGCGACGGCGCAGUCAGGAGGUGGAGGCUACGUCAGACACGACUCGGUCGGAUGAUGUCGACCAAGGUGCUGCAAGGGAGGAGGAAGAGAGGAGGAUUUCGUCGGAAGAGUGGGAUGAUGGAGAAAAGCGCCGCAGACGGGACUCUACGAGGAGAGACGACGAAGUAAUGUCUGGGUCAAGUGAGGGACGGGACGCCAGUUAUCGAAGAACCCGCAAGAAUAGAGCUGAUAAACUGUCCAGUCCAGACAAGCUGUCUUCGAGCGCCGAGGCAGACAGUGCAAGCGAGGCAAUAUCUGGCUGUGAAACCAGCGUAGAAGUGCGCCUACCGGGACCAGACGACGAUGCGGCCAUGCACUCGAGUGAAGAGGAUAGCACACAUUCUGAACGGGAGGUCAGGAGAAAUCACGAGUCAGACGGACAUGCUAGUGCAGUGGAAAGUGGAUCAAAGGUCAAAAGAGAACACUCGAGGGACUCAAGGCAUUCCCAAGAACACAUUCCUAAGAACCUCAGUGAUUUGGGUGUGAGGGGCCUCUUAGAAGACGAUGUAGACGACAUUCAUUUGUCACUUUCCGGUGCCGAAGAGUUUGAUGAUGUAGCUUUAGAGCAGCGCUGGCGUCAAAUGCUUGGUGAUGACGAUGAGCUGAUGGAGACUGAAAAUAUUGAUACAAAGCCUGAGCGAAGUCUGUACACUGCUCCAAAUGCCGAUGAAGCUAGGCCGUUAUACGUUCCAGCCGACUAUCAACGCCAAAGUGAUGCUGAAAGCGAGGAGGAGGUUUCACCUGCAGCUCCAUCUGAGCCUGAAGAUCAACAAGAACGUUCCGGCGAAGGAGACACUUUCCUCGAGUUUGACGCUCUUCUGAAUGACGUAGAUGUAACCAAUCUGGAGCGAGGUUUCGACAAUAUAUGUGAUGACGGUGACUACGAUGAAGAGCUCUCAGAAGAAGACGAAAGCUCUGGUCGGGAAAACGUCACCAUCACCGAAGUUACAGCCAAUGGUAAGGAGCAAACCGACGACGAAGCGUCUUCUAGUGAAUUGGAACGUAGAGGCUCACCGAGCGACAAUGAUCACUUCUCUUCCCAUCACAGCGACGCUGCGUCUGAUCUGUCAGACGUUGACUCCUACGUUCAUCAUGACGAAGAUAUCUACGACAAGCCAUCCACUGGUCGCAGUCUUUGUUCUCCCGAGUCUCCAGAACACGCCGAAGAUGCCGCAUGGGUUACCGCCGACUCCACCGCUCUGGACUCCAGAGAGGCCCCGGAGUCGUGCGACGAAGAGACUGCCUGGCAGACGGCGGAGUCUACGUCGCUGGAUACUACGCCUGCAGAAGUUUCGAGGAAUGAAAGUGGUCUGCGACCGGAGGAAUGUGCCCUCCCACCUGAUGAGGAAUCAAUAUCUGAGGAGGAGGAACAAGAACCAGCGUGGAAAGCUGUCAAUGAUCACGAAGAUGCUUCGUUUUCGGACCAAGAAGAUCGGGUUCCGAGACUAGAACGAGGCGAAGAAGAAUCGAAUGGUACAGCUUCUGAAGAAGCGGUUUUCAAGAAAUCGCCACAGUUCAAACUCGACGAGAGUUUCAUCACUUUCCGCCGCCGCCGUCGUGCAUCUCCGCCACCUCGAAAGGUUUCGCCAGCACCACGCGACUCCUCGCCAGAUGCAAUCGAAUCUCACGAAGAAGCGCCAUCACCAGCUGCAGGUUCGACGGCUUCACCGCCUCCCAUCAUCGAUCUAACACAAGACAGUCCCGAGCCAGCAGACAGUGAGCGAAAGGUCGUGGCUGACUCGGAGAGAAUCGAGGCGAGCAUGGAGUUCAACCAGGAAUGGGUGGAUGAAUGGAGAGAGGUGGAUGAAACGGUGUCAAGCUGGAUGUCCGAGGCAAAGCGAGAACAAUGGAGAGGGCCGCAGGCUCCUGAAGAAAGAAGAGAUACACCGGCUCCGGAAGAGAGGAGAGGGUCACAUGGGCUGAGAGAUGAGAGAAGGUCACAAACACCAGAAGAACGAAGAAGCGCACAGAUGCCGGAGAAACGGAGGUCACAGACGUCAGAAGGAUGGAGAGAGGCUGAGUCACCGGAAGGAAGGCGAGAGACGCAAGUUCAACAGGAACAAAGGUCCCCGACGCCGGAACGGAGAAGAACGCAGACGCCAGAGGAUCUGUCCAUAGAGAUGGAGCCUGAUGUGGAUGAAGUUAUUGUGAUAGAGACACGGCCAGUGAUGAGCGAAGAACCACAUGUGAGACCCACCGCAGCUGAAGCGACCAUGGAUGAAAACGAAAGCGUUUCAUGGGAAGAUAUGGUUUCAACAGCUGAUGAGAUGAGCUCUGACGGAGGCUCUAAAGUCGAUGAUCGGAGGCCACAUGAGCAGUCUGAAGUCAGGGAAGUCACCGAAUCCAAGGUGAGUGAGGCUCAGCACAAUGUUGUUAGCGACGAGCUGAGCAACAUCCCAACUAAAAAGGAACGAAUGAAUGUGCUUCCAUCCAAGUUGAAUGAAAGUGACGCAAUAAGCCCUCUCAGCAUUUCAGAGGAAGAUUCACCAAAACACGAUGUUUUGCCGGAACUAAGACUGUUUGGUGGAGACGAGACAACUGAAAUCGUGUCGAGCCGGAAGCGGUCAUCAGAGAAGAAUGUGAACUCUAAAUUGCCUUCACUCGGGGACAGAAUCAAAUCUGGCGAAAAUGAAGCGGUCAUCACUACUGCCAAAUCCAGAGAAACCAAAGCCGCUCGUGAUUCUGUGAGAGCCGAACCGGUAGCCUCUGCACGCAGUAAAGCCAAGAUUCCAGAUCAGCCGUCCACAAAGGGACCUGGAGCCACGAGCACUCCACUAGCAUCUUCUCGGCCCCCUCUCACUUCUCUUCCCACGCCGAUCACAAAUACAGAACAGACCCCAGAACCUCCUGUCUCUUCUGCUCUCUACCGGCUCAUCCACCAGACACCUAGCACUGAGCAGAGUCCAGUGUGGGAGUGGGAGACACCGCCCAUCCCCCGUCCACCGCCUUCCACCCGGCCGCCGCCGAUCCCGGUUAGUGAGCUCGAGCCUCAGCCCUCGCCAGGACCGCCACCGGCCUCAGUCAGGGCGCCGGAGAGGAAGGGUGUGACGCAGCCGCUGCCUGCUUUGUCCGCUCCCGCUGCGGUCCUGGCAGCGACUGCUAUUGGCACUCCGGCUACUUCAGUUCCCGUGGCAACUCCCACAACGUCGCCUGUUACAGUUCCAGUGGCGACUCCUGCGGCUCCUGUACCGGCGGCUCGCUCCAGCGCUCGUAUUUCCCCGUCAACUUCUACACAAGUCUCUGCGGCUUCUGUAGUGCCUACCGUGACUCUAGCUUCUUCUGUAGCUUCUCGAGUCUCUUCAGCACCUCGGGCAGCAGCACCAGCGGUGCCGACCUCCGGCGCCGUCCCGCCUGGUCAACCGGACUUCCUGUUACGGUCAGCCUACGUCAGCGCUGCCGUGCAGAAGACGAGGCCGGCGCCUGUUCGGGUAUCUCCUCUGGCGAGGAUUUGGCCGCCGGUCUCCAGUACAGAGGCAGUCUCUUCACCAUCCUGGUUGACGUCUAAAGUCACCCCUACUGUCAUCACUGCUCCCUUGGCCACAUCGCCUGUGCCUGGGUCACCCAUCUCCCCCGUUUCGCCCACCUCGCCCACUACACGAACGACCCCCGCUGUAGUUUCAUCGCGUGUUGCUCCUGUGAAACCCGCCAGACCCACCUUACCGCCGCUGCCCCUGUCAUCUACAACUCCCGACACGGGCAAGAAUGUUCGUCCUGCUCCCAGGAGCACAGCAGUCACGACUUCACGAUUUGCAUCUACAACUCCCACAUCUCUCACACCACCCGCCGUAGCUUCGUCUUCCCCAACUCCAGUGUCUCCCACCGUUCACUCAACUCCUUCCACCCCAGUCACUCCUCCCAUCCCUGUCCCACCGAGUACCCCCACAUCUCCCUCCGCACCUACCACCCCGCUCGUUCGACCACCCCGUGCUGCACAGAUAAGAGUCUCUCCUCUUGUCGAGGAAGUCAGCGCGCGACUGCUGCGUCGCGGUGCCACCGAACCGUCGCUGGUUCUUCCUCCUCGCUCGGCACUUUCCGGAGCUCCAAUGCGUCUGUCCAGGCUUCCAGAAGAUCUGGUUCAGACGACGCCACAGGAGCCGGCGCAGGAGAGACCGCCAGAGGAGAGCCUGAUUCGUGAUCUUGUGCUGAGUCGCGUUCGACGCUCGCCGGAGAAACAGAUCAGGAAGAGGGUGACCUCUCCGGCACUGCUGGGGACGUCGGGGCCGAGUGUACGUCCGCUGCCGCCACCGGUGCCGAAGAGUGACGUCGAAGAGAAUGGAGAAGCGGAGGAGGAAGGAGAAGUCAUCCCGCCGCCUCCGCUGACAGCGACAAGACGGCUGAUACCACCAGCUCCCCCGCCUAUACCAACGUCUGAGGAAGCGACCCAGCCGGAGGCAAGCAAUGUGACUGAGAAGAAACCAGACGCGGGAGCUGAACAGGCGCAAGCGGCAAAGCACAACAUCAUCGAUUUCAGCCCCGUGGUUCCGUUCAUCGAUGAUUCUCCAUCCUCGGUGCAGGACGAUGAAACUAAGACAACACCAAGUACAACACAUGAGACUGUGUCUGAGACUGCAGACGAGCCUCCCCACCAACCGGAGAGGGUGGACCAGCCCCCGCCGCUGCCGGACAAGACACGAGGCUCGGCACGACUCUCCCUUAUCCCCGCGGCAGCGCGUGCCCUGUUCUCGCCUCCCCGUAGGCCUCCACGGGCCAGCGACCAGCGCACGCCACGCCGGAAGAAGCAGAGUGCUGCUGAUAGGAAAGCCGUGCUGUCAAUGCCUCCUGAUGUUGGUGGGACGAUGACUAUCGCCGGGGAGAAUGAGCUUAGGCCUGUGUCUGAUCUACAUGGCUCACUGGAAAAUGAAACAUCGGCACUGGGUAUGUCGUCGAGACUGGAUAGUCCAUCCACCACGAAGAAAGCACAGUCAACAGAUCUCAAGUCGAUGGCUGCGUCUCCAAAUCGUAAAACGGCGUCCUCAACACCGGCACUAACCGCGGUAUCAUCUACCGACACAACUCCGGCUGUGUCUGCGGCCGACCUCUCGAAUAAAAAACUGUCGCCAGAGCGAGAUACGUCACCUAAUGUGAAAUCUCAGCCACCACAGUCAUCAAUUGCUUCUCCAGGGUCGGUGGAUUCUGGUGUCAUAUCACCUCCCAAAGACGAGUCUAGCGAUCUGCUCUCGACAAGUAGAACCGGUGAAGCGGCCGAGCCUUCCACCCAGGAGCAGACUCAGGAGACUGCACCCGAUGGUAAAGAUGGGAAGACUUCUGGAUCGCGAGUGGUGCUCACCGAACCGUCCACACCUACUACGCGAAAGAAGAAGGAAUCCUCCGAUCUGAAGAAGAAAAGGGAGAGACGUCGAAGCAUCAUACAGACCAUUUCAGACAUGUUCCGACAUUCAACUGACAAGAAAGAAAAGGACAAAGAGAAGGACGACGGGCCGGACUCCAGUCUUCCCUCUAAGAAGGAGGUGGCCGCGGCGGUGGCACCCUCUCCUCCCUCCGCGACAGACGUCUCUGCGUCUCCCAGCCCGUUAGCAGUGGCGGCAGGAGUUAAACAGACUCCGCUCCGUAACCGGCUCGGACUGCGCUUCAGGAAGAGCAAGGACAAGGACAAGAAGCUGUCUGCGUCGCCGUCGCUGUCGCCGCCAGGAACGCCGGUGUCUGCCGACGUUACAGACAGUCCGUCCAUCACCGACGCCGUACAGCGGUCACAGGCGGCUCCAGAGGCCAAGGUGACCCCGAGCGGUCGCUCGUCGCCCGAGGGGACCCUGUCGCGUCGGUCUCGGUCGGGCCGAGCCGCCCGCCACUCCGAGAUCAGACGCCAGCAGCGUGCUCAGGAGCUGCAGCGACAGCUGGGCGAGGUGGAAGUCCGACAGCAGGAGCUGCAGCUCUGUGCCGACGAGCUGGAGAAGACCAUACGAGGCGAGACCAGCGACGGCUGCGGUGAGCUAACCGAUGACGCUGCCCUGAUGCGCGACUGGUUCGCCCUGGUUCACGAGCGGAGUCUCCUGGUGCGCCGAGACCAGCUGCUCCAGCUGCAGCUUCAGGAGCUGCAACUGGAGGACCGCCACGACCGGCUGCAGCUCGAGCUGAGGGAGCGCAUGGCUUCGCCCGAGCCGCAGAAGAGCGCCGAGGACAUCGAGCGUGAGCGAGAGCUGGUGAACACGCUACUGGAGAUAUCGGACCAGAGGCGGGCGCUCCGGCAGGCCAUGGAUGCCGAACAGGACGCACUGCGGGCAGAGUGUGAGUCAGCGGAGGCGCGGCAGCAGCUACUGGCCGCUCCACCGGCGCCGGCCCUGCUGGAGGAGAGUACCGUCUAGUGGAGACGGUCGUUAGCGUUACACCGCACACUUUGGAAGGACGAAAAGACGUCGAUUUAUCACACGAAAAGCGUCAUACCAGAGAAGAAAACGGGGCGCUGGUUAGCCACUGUGAAUAGAAGCAAUGCGAUCGCUAAGAUGAUGAUUGCAAGACUGCAGUGGCUCUUGCUACCAAAGCCGAGAAAUAGUAGUGUGGUACUGAGUUGGCAAGAUCACCGAGGGAAAGCUCAUUGGUGUUGAAUACUAUGUAGAAUGUCUGCAUGCUUUGUUAGUGAUUUAUAUUGCGCGCUUUUUGUAGGCAUCAUCUACCCUUCAUCUGAAUCAAUUCGUUUGCUUAUUUUUAGCAGUCGUGUACUUGCGUUUCGAAGCCACCGAUUCAAGAACAACUCAUUUACAUUAUGACGCUCUAUCUUGUAAAUCAUGAUCUCUUGCGAUUGACAUUCAUAUGCUGGCUUUUGUCACUAGCAACGGGACUUAUGGGCAUACCGCGAAAGUGCAGCUUUUGCGCGCAUCAAAUGCAAUCGGGAAACUCGUACCAAUAGCCAUCUGCGGUUUCAGCCACACACACAUUCUGUUUAACAGCUCUAUCUCAUAACGACGCCAGCUGCUGCUGUCCGCUACUAUUUUCCGCGAGCUGUGCUUGUAUAUUAUACAAGCACAGCUUACAAUGUAUAACCUUUAGGACCUACCUGGCUGGACCAGAGCUGAGAGGACAGCCUAGCGCUGUCGAGCCGGAAUGAUCUCUGUACUACCCGCGGCAACUCGACCGGAGGUCAACCAACACUGACCUCGGGGGUCAACGUUAACUGUUGGUCACUGUUGGUCGCACGGUGAAAGCGAACGGUGGACCGAUGCUGUCGUACGUUACUUUGUUGAUAGAGGCCAAACGGUGUGUUUGUGAGACCAUUGUGCUUUCUGCAAUUGAACUGCGGGCACCCCCAAGUUGUGCGGAUGCUUUACUAACGAGUUCUGGGUCCAUGUUGGAGUUCAGUGAUCAACGCUGUGUCAAUACCAUACACUGAGCCGUUUGAAACGAUCGAUUGCAUGUCCCGCUGAUGCAUGUAUGUGAUUGUGAUAGACGAUAUUGAAUGCCGACUCACUGUGAUGGAACAUGAAAAAGAGAUUGGACUGGCAAUAGACGGCUGCAGUCUUGCCAAAUGAAUGGGUGGCAUUAGACACAGGCACUGGUUCAGAGCUUGCCAUUUGUGGGAGCAGCAGGCUGCUAUGUCCCGUUUGAGGGCCUGUGUGGAUAGACCGUGGUGUCCUUAUGUUGGAUAAAUAUCUCAUCCACUGACAACUGAGAUAAUUGUGUGAGUGAAUGUGAUUUUAUAUAAUAGUUGGUAAUUAACAGUGAUUUAAUACACGAGCUUUCUAGCA